GUCGGGAAAAAAAACGGGGAAAAGGUCGGGAAAAAAGUCGAGAAAAAAGUCGGGAAAAAAGUCGGGAAAAAAAGUCGGGGAAAAAAGUCAGGCAAUAAAUCGGGAAAAAAGUUGGGAAAAAGUCGGGAAAAGGUCGGGAAUAAGUCGGAAAAAAAUUCGGGGAGAAAGUCGGGAAAAAAUUUUGGAAAAAAGUAGACGAAAAAGUCGGAAAAAAACUGAAAUAAUUGUCGAGAAAAAAUCGAGAAAAAAGUCAGGAAAAAAGUCGAGAAAAAAUCGAGAAAAAAGUCAAGAAAAAAUCGAGAAAAAAGUCAGGAAAAAAGUCAGGAAAACAGUCGAGGAAAAAGUCGAGAAAAAAGUCGAGGAAAAAGUCGAGGAAAAAGUCGAGGAAAAAGUCGAGAAAAACGUCGGGAAAAAA